UGCUGGAAGUUGCCAUAGCGCCGCAUCACUUCAUCUGCCUCCUCACUGCGGUGCUGCGCGUGAGCCGCGUGUCACACACCUCACAGUUAACUAGUUAUUUCCCUUCAGCCGCAACACGGAUGCAAUAACUGGAGGCUUCACUUUCGCCUUUUAAAAAGAAAAGCAGAAUCAACGCGUUUAGUUGGAGCUGCAGAGCCAGGCCUCAAACUGACUGACUUCAGCAUGGGCAUUGAGAGUCAGGGCCCCCUGCGCCCUGCAGGAAACCUGACGCCAAAGCAGGUCAAGACAUUUCAGAAGGUGGAGCCCAAAGCGCUGGGGUCCAUUCAGAUCAUCAUCGCAGUCUUGUGCUUGUGUCUGAGCAUCACCAUUCUCCAGCUCUAUGAAGAGGUUCACUUCUCUCCUGAUGUCAUUGUUGUGGUAGUGAUCGUUGUUCAGUUGCUUGUAUCUGGAUCCAUUUUAAUCCAUGCUGGACGGUUCCCGUCUCUGUUCUGGGUGAAAGCCACACUGGUGUCUCACCUGGUCAGUGCAGCGUUCUCCACUGCUGUUCUUGGGCUGCUGUCCCGUCACCUGCCGUACCGUCAGGACACGUACCACUGUGAGCACUGCAGGAGACUGGAGAUCUACGCUGUGCAACAAUAUUGUUACAGGAAGUGCACUUAUACUGUCGAGAGAAAUUGUAAACUCUUGAUCGACGGCUUCUUGGCCACGCUGGUUCUGUUUCUGGUGGUGGAGUUGGUGAUCUGCAUUGUAACCAUCUUGUUUGGACUCAGUGCUCUGGCUAAAGGUGGUGUGCAGCUUCCUAGCUUUAGACAGCGUGCUGCCCCAUCUGAGCCCGAGGCCGUCACCCCUAGCCAACCUCAGGUGGAAGUGAUGGUGUCAGAGGUGGAGCCAAUGCCUAAGCUUGAACCUGAACCCAAAUCUGAACCGAUAGAAGAAAUCCCCAGCCCUCCCACUGAGCCUCAAGUGGCACCCAUUGACUCUUUAACAGACGUUUGAUGCUUUCUGCUCAUGUAAUCUGUAUGUAUAUUGUAGAGAUGAGUGAGAUUUAAGCAGCAAGGGUUUUUUAAUUAUAGUGAUGUAUGAAAUCAACAUGAUAGGGUUUUGUAAAAUAGGCCAUUAUCAUCAUACUUAAAAAAGAAGGUUCAUCCAAAAAUAGAAAUGCAUUUUGCUCCCUCAUGUUGUUCCAAACCCAUGACUUUCGAUUACACAUUAUUUUUAAGUGUCUUUGAAUGUAACCUGACUUUCUUUGAUACAAUGAAAAUGAAUAGGGACCAGGACAAAAAAUCUCCAUAAAAGCGAAAAACGACAGUGGUUCCUAUAUCUUGUGGUCUAUUUCAAGUCUUUUGAAGUCAUACAUUUAUGUCAUGCAUUACAAAUAUUGCUUGACUUCUGUGAUCACCUGUUCAUGUUAUAAAAAAGAUACAUUUAGACAUCCUACUAUUAUGUAAGCGUUUUGUAUUCCACACCUUUAAAGAAACAUUUUUAAAAGCUGUGGGUUUCAAAAGACAUCAGAGUGAUUUUUCAUUUUUAACAUUGUAUUACCUGCAGAGUUUCUUCUUGUCUGACAGCUGAAGACUUACAGUGUUUGCAAAGAAGCACACUGAUCGUCUUCAAAUAUUCAGGGUCAAAACUUAACCCUAAAUUUGAAACAAAUUAAUUUAACCCGAACCACUAAUUUCACCUUGCUGGUUUUAUCUGUUAUUGUCAACUUUAAUCCUUAAAAAAGUAACUUAAACGUUGACUGACAGCACAGAUGUCGUCAUUUAAGUUGCAUAUUGAAUGAUGACUGGUUUUCUUUCUUGCAUCUGUUUGAAUAAUGAAUUGUGAUUGGUGCAUGCUUGCAUUCUUCCUUGCACUUAAUCAUUCACGCUGUGCAUGUAUUAAUCAAUUACACUGUGCAGUGUAUAUUGAUGCUUGAAAUGGCAAAACAGCUCUAAUGUGUAGCAUUUUAUUUGCACUGAAUCAAACCAAUGUUAAAAAAAAUGAGUUGAAUUUGAACAUUGUGAUUUCCAGGCCUGGAAAGGUCAUAGAUUUUUUUUUUUUAUAAUAAUGCACAAAUCUAGAAAUAUUCAAGGUGCAGUCUCUAUAAAAUGGCUCUUUUAUGUAGUAGCAAUAAAAAAAAAUCAUUUAAAUUAGUUGCGGGGGAUCAAAGUGCGUGGGAUGCUUGACAAUUAAUUUGCUGCCUUGCAAACUCUGCUGUUUUUGCAGGGUCUAUCAGAAUAAAGUACAUGGUAAAAAAAAAUAACAUUAACGAAUGCAGAAAGAUCAUAGGAUGAUUGGUGUAAAUGCUGCAUGUCUUGCAGGGAGAAAAAAUGUAUGUGAACAAUGCAAGCAUGCAUAGUUGGAUGCAUUUAAUGCAGAACAGCUUUAAAUGAUUGUCAGCUGUCAUCUACAACCAACAAACUAUAGUGCGGGUAAUAUCAUGUUAAUUGAAUCUGCAAUAAUAAAUACUUCCACUGAGCUAACUUACUGACGAACAAAAUUCUCUUUAUGUUAACAUAUGUUACAUAAUGUAAAAUAUUCCCACUGUUCAUUUGGCCUCUUGAGUGUUAGUAAUGUGUGUAAUCUGAUAACACAAUAUCUAUAUAUCUCCAUGCUCACAAGAGAAUGAAUAAAUAGUACCAGUAUCUUAGAGUAAUAUGCAUAAAAGUUGGGCUUGAUCUCUUACAUCCCAUUAGAGAGAAAACAUGUUGUGUUCACUGUUAAUAUCAAACAGUGGCAUGAGUUAGUUCCCUGUAGAUAUGAUGUAUAUUCCUGAUUAAUGUCAUUGGUGCUAGUACACUAGUUCAUCUAAAUAAAUAAAUACAUUUCAGUGCAGGAUGAGGUUUUGUGUGUGAGAAACCAUGCUUUCAAUUAUCAAUAGAUGAGUGAGAGAGAGAUAGGAUAACCAGGUUUAAUUGGAGAGAGUUCGAACAGAGCUUUUAUGUGUCAUCUUUAACCCUUUGGUUGCUUGUCAUUGUUGUUUCACAAAGCUUACUGUAAUAGUUCAGCUAAGAGUUAUUAUUGUUGUGUGUUACUCACUCACCAGACUCACAGAUUGUAUUGUUUAGCAUCUCUUAAUGAUCUGAAUUUGGUACAAUACAGUCCUAAUCCAAGGAACAUUUUAUUAGAGAUCUAAAAACCAAAGUAUUUUGUUUCUCUUAAACUGUUUAUUUACUUCUGUACCUCUUUUACACAACAUCUGUGUAUUUCCUGCCCUGUGCACACGUCACUUCUUGUUUAAUUGUGAUUUUGAGCAUGCUGCUGUGAGUUUCCACUAUUCACAUUGUAGCACAUUCUCAUAGUGUUUGGAGUGCAGUGUAUUUUAGGUGCUGAAUGGACUUAUUAAACCACUUUU